AUGAAUCCGUACCUUCGACCUCGUCCUUCCUUUCCGCGGCCGUCGUCCGCCCUGGUCUUGCGUCGUCUUCCCCGCACGGCGGAGUUAGCACGCUGCUAUGCGACCAAGAGCGAUCUCGGUCGAGGGUCUGGGUCCAGCUCUGCUCCGCGAAGAAGAAGCGUCACUGUCUUGUCUGACGACGGGCGAUAUCAGUGGGGAGAGCUGAGUGGAAAGGAAAAGGUCGCACGGGCGACACAACAAUCCUUCAACUUCUUGGUUGUCUUGGCUGGAGCAGUAUUGACGGGAGGAGUCUUUUAUCUUCUUUAUACUGAGGUCUUCUCUCCGAAUAGUCGGACUUGGCAGUAUGAGAAGGCGGUCGACCGCAUCAAGAAUGAUACUCGGUGUACAGAUCUACUUGGGGAUCGUAGGGAGAUAAAGGCUUACGGAGAGAACACAUGGAACCGAUGGGCGCGGAAUCGCCCUAUUGCGAGUUCCAUUGAAAAAGAUCGUCUAGGCCGAGAACAUCUGAAGAUGAACUUUCAUGUUGAGGGACCGCGAAACUCUGGUAUUGUGUUUGUGCACAUGAUGAAACCUCUGGACCAACACGAAUGGCAAUAUCAGCUCCUUGCAUUGGAUGUGAAAGGUCACCCGCGAAUUGUUCUCGAGCAAGCGCCUGAGAAACCUGGAGUGGGCAAAGCUUUGAAGCUCUUCGGUAUCCAAUGGCGCUAA